AUGGAAAACCCAGGCGGAUCGGCAACCCACCUGCAGAUAUCACUGCCGGACAAGCCACCGCCGCCGCCCAAGCCCAUCACCAUCAUUCUAGAGACCGGCAUGGCGUCCAGUGACCCUGCCCCUCUGAAAGAUCAGAAUUCUAUUCCUGCCCCUAUGGGGAAUCAACAUUCUACGCCUUCCCCUGGAGGAGAUAUCACUCCUCCGACCCGCCAUCGCUUCAUCAUGGAACACCCGGGUAGACCAAAUCGAUUGCAGAUAUUACUCCCGGACAGCCCACCGCUGCCAGCCAACUCUACGACCAAUGCCCCAGGGAACAACAUGGCAUUCAGUAACCCUGCCCCUGUGGAAAAUCAACAUUCUAUUCCUGCCCCGAUGGGGAAUCAACAUUCCAUGCCCUCCCCUAUGGGAGAUCAGAAUUCCAUGCCUGCUCCUAUGGGAGAUCAACAUUCUAUGCCUGCUCCUAUGGAAGGUCAGAAUUUCAUGUCUGCCCCUAUUGAGAAUCAACAUUCUAUACCUGCUCCUUCUAUGCCUGCCCCUAUGGAGAAGCAACAUUCUAUACCUUCCCCUAUGGAAGAUCAGAAUUCUAUGAAGCACGCGCAACUCCAUCAGGGACUCCUCGAGAGCCCAAUGCCCAACAACGCACCCUUGGAUGCUGGUGGUGUGAGCUUGCAGCAGGGUCCGGAUUGCCUGAUGCCUGCCAACGCGUGGUGGCCUGCUGAUCAGGAUCCAUCUGCUGGCUCUGAGGUCCCGGCGCCGAGCCAAGAAAUCAACAAUGAUCAAAUGACGGCCGUUCAGAACGCCCAUUCGUCCCUGUACCAGCAGAUCCCGGUCACAAAUACCGGCACUAGAUUCAUCUGCCCGAGCUACCUGACCGCUGUCCCUAUGAUGCAGCAGCCACCACCUAUUGCAAUGGCCUUUGAGUCAGUGGUUGUGCUAGAGCCUCCGUCACCUAUGGGACUGCCAGAAAACCAAACCUUCCCUCCGGGACUUGGACCAUUCUCUCCAACGCCUCAGCUACUUGUACCAACGCCAACACAGCAUGCACAAGGGUCCGAGGCCCACAAGGAGCCCGGUAGUCUUGGAGUGGUCACGUAUGGGGGCAACCAGCCGUCCUUUGGCGUACCCGUCCCGAGCCGAGAUACUAGGGUCUACUCUGUCAGAACUGGCUUGUUUGAACCUAAUGGCGUCGUCUUCUCUAACGUCGACAGUAUUCGACCUCCUCCUUGCCCUUCUCCUCCUCACACUUCUCCUCACACGUCUCCUCCUCACACUUCUCCUCCUCACACAUCUCCUCCUUACGGUUCUCCUCCAUGCUGCAUUCCACAAGCAGCAUCUCCGGGUGCCACCCCACGUCUGGUCGAGGAGGUGUCUGACGAUGCGGGUGCUGCCGUGCCUCUGAGCCCGAGCACUGUGGCUUCUAUGAACCCUCUCAAUAUCCCAACGGGGCAGCUCCCAUUGCCCGGCGGCCCUGAGCUGGGGUCUGCGCCAGCCAUUCAUGUCCCGCAGGGACAAAUCAUCCAUGUCCCGCAUCGACCAAGAGCAAUCCAAACAGCGGCGGCCGCAGUGCUCGAGCGCAACAGGAUGCCCAAGCCAAACGCCCCGGCCGUCAUACUGCUCGUCCAGGGGGGCGCAUGUCCCACCUGCAAGAGGGACAAGCCGCUGCCGGGCGAGCGCGACAUGAAGACGCACAUCCGCUGCGAGCUCCCCUACCGGACCACCGAGGGCCAGGUCAUCAUGCUCCGCGGCUACGACCCCAAGCUGCCCAACGCUUUCACCAUUGACGGCCACGGGCACAAGAACGGCAUCCUCAUGUGCCCCUUCUGCGUCAACAGGGUGCAGGUGGUGUGCGGCGACCACCCGGACGACGUGUACAUGCCGGGCUGCUCGACGUGCAGGAGCUUCAUGCAGACGGGCAUCGCGCACGUCGCGCACCACCUCAGGAGGCUCCGGGACCCGAGGCAGUACAUCCCCAACCACCACGAUACGUGCCCGGGACCUCGGCGGGGGUGCAAUUGCAUUCCGCACUACUGGAGGGUCUGA